CACAUCUCUAGCAUGCUGCAGCGCCAUCUGCACCUGUCAAAUCGGUAACCUUAACUUUGCGACUUCAAUUUUUAUUUUUUCAUUUUCGUUUUGUAUGCCGCGUGGUAAUGUUGGGUGAGUGACAAUUGAUCAACAUUUUUCAAAGUAAUCGUCUAGAUGUUGUUAAUCUGCUUCUUCGGAAAAGAGUCUCUAAGUACUAUCCCUUCAGGCGCUGUGGAUAGUUUUCAACAAUGUGCGAGGAAAAUGAAGAAUUUAGGGACACCACUAUAAGAUUAACGGGUGAUAACAUAUUUCGAUUGUCGUUGCAAAACACAAGAAAAGUGAGCGAAUUCAAAGCUGGUUUGCUAGAAAAAGAAGCGAAAAAGAACUGGGAUCUUUUCUACAAACGCAAUGAGACUAGGUUUUUCAAAGACAGGCAUUGGACCACACGUGAGUUUGAGGAACUCUUGAACCACCACGUGGAUGGACAAAGGACUCUUUUCGAAAUCGGAUGCGGAGUCGGUAAUUUCAUAUUUCCUUUGAUCGUAGAAAAGCUGAAUUUCCACGUGAUCGCGUGCGAUCUGUCGCCACGUGCUGUGGAAAUCGUGAAAAGCAACCCAGCAUAUUCACAAAGCCAGAUCCAUGUAUUCCAAUGUGACAUUACAACUGAGGAUGUUUUUAAAGAAGUAGAACUAGGCACAGUAGAUAUUUGUACCUUAAUCUUUGUGCUUUCUGCAAUACAUCCUGACAAGUUUGUUCCAACUUUGAGAAGAAUUUAUGAACUUCUAAAGCCUGGAGGUCUUCUACUAUUUAGAGAUUAUGGAUUACAUGAUAUGGCUCAGCUAAGGUUUAAGGCAGGUAAUAAGAUUGAUGAGAAUUUCUAUAUGAGACAGGAUGGUACAAGAGCAUAUUAUUUUUCUGUGGAAUACUUGAAACAGUUGCUUAUAGAAGCAGGAUUUGAAAUAUUGGUCAACUGUUAUGUUCAUAGAAGAACUAUCAACAAGAAAGAGAAUGUUGAUGUGCCAAGAAUAUUUGUACAAGCAAAGGCAAAGAAACCUUGUUGAUAAUAGUGAAGAAAUAUCUGGAAUCUGGUGCAUAAGAAAAUUAUGUUGGAACUAUCUUUAUAUGUGAAUUAUGAUACUCAUUUUGGUUGGACAAAUACAGAGGCAUGGAUAAGAGCUGGAUCUGCUGUUAGCUAUUACUCAAGAAGAGAGAACAAUGAGUUAUGAAGACAUUCAGAUGUGCAAAGAAAUUAUACCAAUAAAGCUGUGCUCUGAGUUAGGAUAGACAUGGAUGUUAGAUGGGUAUGGACUUGUUAAUUCCAGCUGUAUUGAACAUCAAACUGCAAAAAAAACAGAAAGUUAAAAUGCCUAACAAGAAAAUUGAAGGUGUUUUUUUGAAGAGUGGAGCUGUUCUACUGCAAAAAUGCCCAACAAGAAAAUUGAAGGUGUUUUUUUGAAGAGUGGAGCUGUUCUACUGUUGGAAUCAAUGGAUAACAAGAAUUAUGAUUGAAAUAAAAUGGACUGAGAUUGCAAAUGAACUGGCAAACAGCUGUUUUAAUGGUUUUUGGGGGUAGGUACUUGACUGCUUUGGUGUUUUACUAAUAAGGUUCUACUAUUCAAGACACCACAAUUUUAUGUUGCCAUGAGAAAAAGCUUAAUGUCUUUUGCAGUUUGUGACUUGAAGCUUUUUUGUUUUGUAGAUGAAUUACUGCAGAUUGUGAUACUUCAAAUACGUUUUCCUUGAAAUAAAUGUUUAAUAUUUCCACUGAACUGUUUUUAUUAAUCCGCAAUUUCACCUUAAUCUGAUCAAACGACACUGAGGGAUAAAAUUCAAUAAUGAGGGUAAAAGUGUGUUGGCAGGGGGACGUCAUCCAUGGACUGACAUUAUUGUCAAUCCACGAGUUCGAUAAAAAAUUCCCUUUUGUCAUGAAAUUUUCCUUGAAUUUGCAAAGUGU